AUGUGGAUCCGCUGCUUAUCACUGCUGAUAUUGCGACUAGUUAUCAACGAUGUACAGCUGAAUGCGCAGCCGGAUAAGUGUCCAGAACGCUGUUUUUGCCCAAAAGGGUUGGUUGAUUGCCGAGGACAAUCGCUGCGCACUGUACCGAAGCAUUUGCCCAAGAAUACCAGUGUGCUAGAUUUGCGUAAUAAUCGUCUGGUGAAAAUUACGAAGGAGAACCUGAGGCGUCUUGAUAAUUUGGAAUUGCUCCUGCUUUCAUCUAAUCGCAUCCGCACUUUGGAGAAGAAUUUGUUGGACGAAACAGUAAACCUAAGGAAGUUGUCACUGUCUGCAAAUGACCUGGAAGCAGUGCCGAAACUUAGCACACGUCGUCUCUCUAAACUUCUUCAUUUGGACUUUUCUUCGAAUCGGGUGAUGCAAAUCGCUCAUCAGCUGCUCUGGAGCAUGCCGAGCCUGCAGAUACUGAAUUUGGCUGAUAAUGCAAUCCAGUCACUACCGACGCGUCUGUUCGAUUUCUCUGGCUCACUGCAUGCACUUGUGCUAUCUGGAAAUCCGCUGAAUUGCGACUGCAGGUGGCUCCCAAUGAUUGGUUUUGUUCGUAAACGUUGCGAUACGUCAGCGCUCUGUCGUAAUCCAGACUCACUUCGCCGACAACAACUUUCGUUACUUGAUGAUGAGAAAUUCAAGUGUUUUCCAGUGAAAUUGCUGGGUGAUGAAAGUGGCGCAAAAUGUGAAAUUGACGGAACGCAUGUCACAUUCAUUUAUAGGGGCGAAAUCGUGGAAAAUGACAAUGGCAAGGAAAUGAAGCUUGGACCAAAUGAUACUGUGUUGUUUGUCGGUCCAGACAUUCACAAGGAAGAUCUACAGUGUGCGGUCGACUACCAUCUAACCUCAACAAGGCGUUGGCGACGUGUACGUCAACUCCCGGAUGUCCGCUUUGCACCACAGUUUACGCUAAAACCGACUAGCCGUUCACAUCGAGAAGGAACUAAUGUCAGACUAGAUUGCGAGGUUUCUGUUUUUUGA